ACUCUCAAUGUUCAAAUGAGUUAAGCGAAAAUGAAGAAUCCGACAAUGACAAUGCAACGUUAGUACCAACUAUCCAGUCACCUGACUAUUCUUUACAUUGCUUUUCUCUGUUAUGUUUCUCAGAACGUUACGUUUAUCUCUCUCUGAUUCUGAUGGUAAUUUUUAUGUUAUAGGGAAGACGUUCAAAAUGAGAGAAAAUACAUAGUGUUUGAUAGUUGCCUGAGACAGUGAGUCAAUGCCCAUGUUGUGGUGAAAGCUGUUCCAUUGUGACCAAAACGACUGGUAGUAUGGUUAACGUACUAGCAAAAUGUCAUUAUGGUUAUGUUCGAGACUGGAAUAGCCAACCUCUGCAUGGGCGAAUGCCUUUGGGCAACUUGGUCUUUGCUGCCAGCAUCUUGUUUAGUGGUAGUAGCCCCAGCAAAGUUCUUCAAUUCCUUCGUCACUCAGGCAUACAAUUUCUGUCAGAGCGCACAUAUAGCAAUAUUCAAACAGCGUAUUUGAUACCCAGUGUUUCAAAUGUUUGUCAUAUGAACCAAAAGCAUCUUCUAGAAUCAAUCAGAGAAAGGAACAUUAACCUUGGAGGAGAUGGAAGAUGUGAUUCGCCUGGAUAUUGUGCCAAGUAUGGGUCAUAUAGCUGCAUGGAUUUGGAAUCUAACAACAUUUUAGACACACAACUUGUUCAGUCCAAUGAAGUGACGAACUCUGGAGCAAUGGAACUUGAGGGAUUAAAAAGAUGUCUGGCAAAGUUUGAUGAAAGUGGGAUGAAGGUGAAGUCAAUGACCACAGACAGAGAU